UUUAAUCUCUAACAGAGUUCUCUAAAUGCAGCUUGCUGGAAUUUCUGGUGCCGAUUCUCAAUUCAUUACAGAAGCUGAAUGCGAUCACAGAAGGUGCUGGCAGCUGUCAGUAUGCAUAGAUUAGAAUGCACUGUGUACGUUUUUGGUUAAUCAAACUAAGGAAUAUCAACCGCUUACCGGUUCGUUUUGCUUGAUGUUUAUACCGAGCACUUCCGUUAUGUGUUGUAUUAAUGUGCAGCGAUGUCUGAUUCCAGACGCUACAGACGAGACGGUGUUUGCUGUUUGUGCAGAUCGGGUGUAUCAAGAUAUCACUGAAAGCAGCGAUCAUAUUUGUAUGAUGUAUUAAAGUUUCCAUUAAAGAUCACAGCUUAACAGAAUGAAUUUUGUGCGUCUUCUGAGCCGCCACAAAACUGCCCUUGGGCUCGGCAGCCUCUCUUUGUUUGCCUUGGUCCUCUUGUAUUUGGCUAAAUGCACGUCGGAAACACUGAAACACUCAGAAUCGGGCUUCCCUCAUCACGCAGAAAAGAGAGAUGAACCCCAACAGCGACAGACCAAGGAGCUGUCCGCUUUCCUCGUCGUUCUCAUCACCACCGGACCCAAAUACACAGAGAGACGGAGCAUCAUUCGCAGCACCUGGCUCGCCAAGCAUGACCCUGACAUUCUGUGUAGGUUUGUGGUUGGUACCAAUGGCCUUCUUCCUGAGGACAUCCAGAACCUGAGCCUGGAGAACGCCAGGCACCAUGACCUGCUGCUUCUGCCAGAUCUGAAGGACUCCUAUGACAAUCUCACCAGCAAGCUCGUUCACAUGUAUUCCUGGCUGGACCAGCAUGUGGACUGCAAGUUUGUCUUAAAGGCUGAUGACGACACGUUUGCUCGACUUGAUGUAAUCAAAGAAGAGCUGCAGGCUAAGGAACCCAAGAAACUGUACUGGGGGUUCUUCUAUGGCAGGGGAAGGGUUAAAUCUACAGGGAAGUGGAAAGAAAGCACCUGGGUACUCUGUGACUACUACCUACCAUAUGCGUUUGGAGGUGGCUAUGUCUUAUCUGCUGAUCUGGCACACUAUGUCAGGAUCAACAGGGACUACCUUAAGUUUUGGCAGAGUGAAGAUGUCUCAUUGGGGGCGUGGUUGGGACCAGUGGAUGUGAAGCGCAUUCAUGACCCCAGAUUUGACACAGAAUUCAAAUCCAGAGGCUGCAAUAAUAAAUACAUUGUGACCCACAAACAGAGCAUUGAGGAUAUGCUGGAGAAGCACCAGACACUGAUCAGAGAAGGGAAACUGUGUAAAGAGGAAGUCAAGCUUCGACUGUCUUAUAUAUACGACUGGAACGUGCCACCUUCUCAGUGCUGCCAAAGGAAAGACGGCAUUCUUUGAUACUCUUCUCCACUGAUGGAGAAUUGUACUCUGAAAUUCUCAAAUUAGGUUGAGGCUACACUUCAGACGACAUUAUAUAUAUAAUGGGAACUUUUUAACUUUGUGUGAUACUAUAGCUGUAUUACUGAUCUUAACAAUGUAACAGGUGAUAUAAUGGACCAUAUCAUCUUUGUUACUGAUAUUCAAAUAUAUAAUGCGUGCUAAACGUACAGUUGUUUAAUUUAAAUGUUGACAGAGUGUGCUGCUGCUGCUACUGUUUUGUGUGCUUUUUGAGUUCAGUAUCACUGUUUGCCAAAUAAGCUUUUUAGUGUUUUUAACAGCUUCAUUGUGAACUACAUGUCGUGAUGUUGCAAGGGAUUCUGUUUUUACUUUUCAGGCCCCUUCACCACUGUGUAUGGCAUGACAAUUGUAUUCUGUUUAUUUUGCCUGGUUUUCAUUAACGUUCUGAUAAUUUUGAAUAGCAAUACAAAAGUGAAUGGCAAAUGUAGAACAAACCAAUGGAUUGAGUUGAUGAAGAUACCUCUGGGUUUUAUAGUGCUGGGACAAACAUGGCUUUCUAAUGUACAAAUAUGCUUUCAAAAUAGAUUGAAAACAAAAGUGUAAUUCAUACCCUAUUCCAGUAAAAAAAAAAAAAAAUCUGGCAACUCACCAGAUGUGCUUAGAUGAGAAACACUCUUUUGUUGAAUGUGCAAUUUUUAUUUCAGACAUUUACCCUUUCAUGGUAUCUUUUUUCAUAGUCAUAAACAUAUUUUCACCAAAUGCAUUUGAAUAACUGUCCAAGCUGGGGAAUCUCCCUGGAUUUCAUUAAGCCCCUGUUUUUACAGGUUCAUCAGAUCCACUCCAACAGGCUGGUUUCACAGACCCUGAUUGAACUAACGCUGGACUACUUCACCUAGCGUUACAUUAGGUAGUCCAAGAUUAGCGCUAAUCUGUAAACUAGCUGUAAAUCAUCUCGAGUGAGUAUGUGGAGCUAAUGGCUAAAAUAUAAUAUUAUUUCCACUUUGCUGUUUGUUUGUGUGUGCACGUGUCAGCUGCAUUCACGUCCUGCUGAUCUAUAAGAAACAGCUUUUAUAGGUAAUUUUGUUGCGUAUGGCCAGGAUGCCAGAGCUUUGUUUUUGAUGUACAUUAUUCUCAUGAUCAUGCCUCUAACAAGGACUGGCAUUGAGCUGCUGGAGGAUGGACUCGGAGAGAAUUGCUACAAAUGAGAGACACACACUUUAUCACCUGAGGUGCCACAGUCUGGUAAACUGUUGACUUUCCCACUGGCUGCUUGUAUCCUGCUAGUGCUAUUUAAAAUAACCGUUGUCAAAGACUGCUGUAGUCCAAUCUACUCUAAUAAAAAUCCAUACAUGCUCAGAA